CUGCAGCAUGUUAUCUCUUUUAUAAGGGAAGACUAAAACAGAGACAUAAAAGCAGAAAACUCAAAACACAACAUGCACAUUUAGAAACCGCCCUUGUAUCAGUCUUUCUCCAAAUAGCGAACCCCUCAACCUUAGAGAAAAAAAAAAUGAAGAAGUGCGAGCUCUGUGACUCUUUAGCUAAAAUAUACUGCGAAUCAGAUCAAGCAAGCCUUUGCUGGGACUGUGAUGCCAAUGUUCACUGUGCAAAUUUCCUUGUUUCUAAACAUUCAAGAACGCUUCUUUGCCACCUCUGCCAAUCUUUCACCCCCUGGACAGCCUCCGGACCCAAGUUCAGCCCGACUGUUUCUGUUUGCGAGAACUGUGUAAACAAUUCCUCUUGUAGAGAUGAAAGAGGCAGUGAACAUGAUCAAAGUAGCGAUGGUGAUGAUGAUGAUGAUCUUGAUAGAGAAGACACUGGCGAUGAUGAAGACGAUGAAAAUGGUGAUGGAAACGAUGAAGAUGAAGAAGAAAAUCAAGUGGUUCCUUGGUCUUCUGCAGCGCCUCCACCAGCUUCAAGUUCUUCUAACAGUGAUCAAGAAUGCUCCAGUAGGAUGUGUAAUAGCGACGAAGGUGCUUCUCAAUCAAGAAUUGCAUUUUCUUUGAAGCGAAUGAGAGAAACUUCUCAGGAUCAUCUAGGCUGCCUGAUAUCUCAAGAUAAUCCAAAUGCAUGCAUGUCAAAUGAAUUACCCUUUCAGGCAAAGCCAUUGAAGAACCAGGAAAGAACCAUGAGAGAGUCUCACGAGGGAUUGCAGAAACCCAAACUCCCUGAAGACACUAUGAAGUUUGAUAUCUGCAAACUGAACAAAGCAUCUGGAAAAUGCCAUUGAUAUAUUGACUAAAUAAUUAUAGCCAGGUAAUUUUCUCUGAUCGAAAGCCAUUGUAACUCUAAUCUGAGAUUGAUCUGUGGUAGUGUACUAGUCUCUCUUUAACAAUUAACCACUUAGAGAAAUACUGUAUUGUAUUAAUCAUAGGUAUUAGUUUGCUUUAUUGCAAUGCAUAGUUCUUCUGGGUA